CCUUACUUUAAAAUUUUAAAUCUGAAAUAUUUGUUUACAUUGUUUCCUGUAUUUGGGACUUCAAAAUAAUUGAUAGUCUACAGAAACAAUUAUACCAAUGUGUUUGGAUUGUAAUUUUUACACAUACAACACAUGUUCUAGCCAUAAAUUGCUAAAAAAAAGGCAGCAAAAUGUCAGAACUUGAUUUGGAAUGCCUAGUAACUCUAGACUGCAAACAAGGGGCAGUAAGGGCUGUAAGAUUCAAUGUUGAUGGCUCAUAUUGUUUAACCUGUGGUUCAGAUAGAAAGCUGAAAUUGUGGAAUCCUUAUCGCAGCCUCCUUUUAAAAACCUAUGGUGGCCAUGGAAAUGAAGUACUGGAUGCUUGUGGUUCAAACGAUAGUAGCCAAAUUGUAUCUUGUUCCUCAGAUAAAUCAGUUAUUAUUUGGGAUGUCCCUACUGGACAACCCAAAAGAAGAUUUAGAGGUCAUGCCUCUUCGGUUACUUGUGUAAAAUAUAAUGAGGAAUCAACUGUAGCAGUAUCAGGUAGUCUAGAUAAUAGCAUCAUGUGUUGGGAUGCUCGAUAUAACCAGAAUAAACCAAUACAAACAAUGAAAGAUGCAAAGGAUUGUAUCUCUUGUAUUCGUGUUAGCGAUUUUGAAAUUCUGGCUGGCUCUGUAGAUUGCACGAUAAGAAGAUAUGAUUUGAGGAAUGGUAGUUGCCAUAUGGAUUAUAUUGGAGCUCCAAUUAUUUCAGUUGACUUUUCCCAUGAUGGUCAAUGUGUUUUAGUAGGUUCUGCAGAUAAUGCAAUGAGACUCAUGGAUAAGAACACCGGUGAAAUGCUAGCCGAAUAUACAGGUCACAAAACAGAUGAUAUAACAAUUGAAAGUGGCAUCAUAACCACUGAUGAUCAUGUAAUUUCUGGUUCAGUUUCUGGUCAAUUGUUUAUUUGGGAUCUAAUAAAUGCCAAAGUUGUAAAAAAAUUAACCCAUACUACAGGAAAAGUUCUGCAUUCUAUAUCAAUUCAUCCUAAGAAAAAUGUCAUUUUAACAUCAUCAGCAAACACAAUCAAAGUUUGGGGACCUGGAGAUUUAACAAUAGAAGAUCCAAUUCAGCCUGAAGAAACUUGAAAGGAAAUAUAAUUCCCAAAUUGGGAAUGAAUUUUUCAUUGAUCGAAGAAAACUGAGAGAAUCAUUAUGAAAUGUUUCAAUUGAAUAUGUACAGAGACAAAUAUGAUACCAAGAGUGUAUGAUAUAUAUUUAAAAAAAAUAAAGAAGUUUAUGUAUA